GUUUGUUUUUGUUUUCUAGACAGAAUUCACCUAUGUCCAAGCAACAAAUAAACCAAAGACCUUCAAGCAUGGUCAGUGAAUCAUCCACUGCAGUAACUAUGUCUGCUGUUGAUACAAAGCCUGGUUCUAAGGUAACGAAGGCUGGGAACAAAGUUCAUAGCUUUGGAAAGAGGGAACAAGCUAUCAGAAGGAAUCCUAAUGUUCCUGUGAUAGUAAGAGGCUGGUUACACAAACAGGACAGUUCUGGUAUGCGAUUAUGGAAAAGACGAUGGUUUGUGCUUGCUGAUUAUUGUUUGUUUUACUAUAAAGAUAGCAGAGAAGAAUCUGUGUUGGGUAGCAUACCAUUGCCCAGCUAUGUAAUAUCUCCUGUUGGACCUGAAGAUCGUAUAAAUCGCUAAAUUUUCUUUUAAGGUAUGGGUACA